AUAAUGCCAUGCCAAAUGUGUGUGUGUGUAUGUGUGUUUGACAUAUGGCAAAUGACAAGACGAGAUCCCGAUGCAGGGGGAUGGCGAUGCCCAGCCGUAACUCGUCGUUGAACGAAGAAGAAGAAGAAGAAGAAGAAGAAGAAAGAUCAUUUACAAAAACAACAACAAAAAAAAGUUAAAAGAUACACCUUUUUGCAAAGACUCUCCCCAUUUCAACUUGUCUUUCUCCUUCGAACGGUCUUUUAUUUAAUCUUCUACUUUUCCCCCUUUUUGCCUCACCCCCCCUUUGCAGACUCUAGAGCUUUGAGGCCCAUUUGACGAACGCGUCAUUUGUUGGAUGGUCCAUCGUCGUCGUCGUCGUCGUCGUCCUCGCUUAAACACUUUACAUUGCAUUUGCAAACAACAUGGCGGCAACUGUUCUCCCGCUCAAGAUAUGCACACUCCCAACUGAUCGCACGCAGCGGCGUUUCUCUUUACAGCAAGACUCACCUCGUUCAGCCCGCGAGACUCCCACUUCUCCCCGAAGUUCCCGUAACUCAAUGUCCUCACUGUCCUCGGCUACCACCGUCGUUCAAAUUGAUCAACCAGAAAUGGAGAUUCUAGACGAACAGGAUGUGCCAUCUCCUACUACCCUCGAUGCCAGGCGCUCCUCUCUUCCAGGAAAGUUUGGCUCUAUCGUUGGAGCAGAGACCUUGCACAGGAGAUACAGGCAGAAAACAACCGCUCGGUUUGGGAAACUGUCAAAGUUUUUUGGUUCAGAGCCGCCUCUGGAUAUUUCCGUUUCCGAAGUCGAGCAGCAAGGCCUCAAGGCACUCUUGAUGUCAAAAGUUCCUCGCGCCUACUUUCUUUACUCGCUCCUAGAAGAUUACUCUUGUGAAAAUUUGUUUUUCUUCCUUGAAGUCGAACACUACACAACCUCUGUCUUUCCCACGGUGGAACAACAGCGGUCGGCUGCACAACAUAUAUAUAAUACAUACCUCAAUCUCAACUCACACUUUGAAGUCAACCUCGAUGAGCGCGUUCGAAAGGAAGUCGUCGUCGCCAUGUCGUCGGACGAGACACUCCCCGACUGCUUUGACAGUGCCAAGCGAGCCGCCCUCCAUUUAAUGGAAGGAUCGUGGCAGAAAUUUGCAAGGAGUGACAUUUUUGCACGAAUGAAGAAGGAGAUUGGAACAUUGCAAUGUAACCUCACUGAAAGUCGCCAACCAGCAGUCCUACUCCUCAUGUCCUACUUGGACAGGCAAGCCGGCCCUCUCCUCUCAUCAUCCAAUCCCGCCGCCAACCAAGCCAAUCUUUACCGACAUUUGCUCAUCCGCCACAUGAUUCACGAGUACUGCCGGACCAUCCUCCAAGUUGAUUUUGAUGACCCCGUAUUUGUCAAACUGGCUGCUCACAUUGUUACAGAGCGUAAAAGCGUCUCGUUGUCCCGGACCGCGGAUGAUUCAGGAGACCGGAAACGGACACGAGCUUCUUCAUUCUCUGUGUGGAGGGGAAUGACGUCAAAACUCAAAAAAUAAGAGCCUUUGGCUUCAUAUAGUGCAUAUAUACAAAUCAGAUUUGUAGAUUUUGUAGAUUUUGCUUUGGUGGACUUUAUACUCUAGAAAAUGCCGCCCCCCCUCCCCUGGUCGAUUGUUUCCUACUACAAACAACUUUGUUCCUAGAAGUUUUUCAGUGUACGAUAGAUAGUCUUGUAUGAUAGAUUCCCAAAAAUUGUUUAUAUCUGGUUCGUGAA